AUGGCACCAACAUACUUGUUACCUAGACAAAUACGUGCAAAUAGGGGCGAGAAUCUACCUCAGCGUAGGAAUCCACCCGGGGGAGAAUUCAACCCCGAAACCAACACCUUCAUGACAUGGAGGAACAGGCUCACUGCGCUUGUUGUGGACAGCGAAUCGUUCUGCAGAAUGCUCGAAAAGAGUUUCCUAUCUGCUUAUGGAGUUGAGACUGAGGAUGUAGAGAGUGGUAGUGCUGCUAUUGAGCUCAUCCGAGGUGGAGCUACAUUUGAUCUUAUUGUCAUCAAUCCACAUCUAUCUGGCAUAAGUGGCAUUGAGACGGCUAGAUCGCUUCGAAACAUGGGUGUGCAGAGCAGGAUUGUGGGAAGCUCUGCAAUGUACGUUGAAGAAGAGCGAUGGCGCUUUCUUCGAGCAGGUGGUGAUCAUUAUUUUGAGAAGCCCUUUGGUCCAAACCUCUUUAUUCCAAUCCUUCAACAACUUGACAACCAAUAGAGUAGUACUAC